AUGACUACUGCAAACCCGGAAAUAUGGGUAACAUCGAAUUUUAAUCACAAUGGAAUUAUGAACCAAAAUACAAUGUCUAAUGGUUUUAAUGAGAGUAACAAUAGCAGUAUAAAUGCAAUAACCCCUAUUACUGAUACUACAACUACUAUUACUACCAUUUCAACUAAUAGUAGUAAUGUUAGUAAUAUUAAUACGGUUCUCAUAUCAGAUACAGAUUUGCAAACAUAUUCAAGUACUAAGUUUAUUUGUUCCAGUCCAAAUCGUAAUGAACUAAAUCAAAGUAUGAAUAUUCAUUUGAAAAAUAAUCAUACACAUAAUCCUCCAGUAACAUUGAUCUCCACUGAUCAAAAUUCAAAUAAAUCAGCUGACAAUUCAAAACUAUCUGCCUAUUGUACACAAAAUAAAAGCAGAAAUGAUCCUAAUUUUAUUAAAAUCAAUCUAUUGCGUUGUAAUGAAUGUCAGUCAAUUAUAUUUGAUCAAUAUUAUCAUAGUAUAGAUGAUCUUACAUGGCAUCAAAAUUGUUUAAGAUGUUUUGAUUGUGGAUUUGUGCUCACAGAACGAUGUUACACAAAGGAUGGUCAUUUAUACUGUCGAGAAGAUUUUAUCAAAAAUUUCGGUCCAAAAUGUUCAGCUUGUCACAAACUUAUUCGGAAUGGCGAACUUGUCCGAUUUGCUCGUCAUUAUGUAUAUCAUAUCAACUGUUUUCAAUGUGCAAUUUGUAAGAAACAAUUCACUACAGGUGAUCAAUAUUAUCUUUUAUAUAGUGACAAGUUUUUAAUAUGUCGUGAACAUUACUAUGAAAGUGGCAGUUCAUUAAUACCACAAAUAUCAACAACAAGAACUUCAUCAGAAAUGGAUUUAUUAUCAAUUCUUACGAAUUCUAGUUCUUCUAUCAAAGAUGUUAUGAAAACGGAUCGGAAGUCAGAAUCCCCUAUUACAUUGUCUAAUUCUGUUAACUGUGAGUUAUCAGUCAAUAAUGAUAAUUGUAUACAAAACAUUUAUGAUUGUGAAACCAAUACAAAUAUGAAAAAUCAGUUAGAACGGUUGAAAGUUUUCAAGCAAGAUGACAUUUCAGAUCCAAUUAAUCAGAUGAAUUCAUCUUUAUCUGAGGCAUCUAUGUUUUCAUCCACUCAGUCUUUGUCUUCAGUACCAUCACUACUGGUACUAUGUUCCACUCCGUCUUCCACAUCAACGGCAGCAACAACAACUCCCCAGUAA